AUGGCUUAUAACAUGACUGACGACGAUGACACUCACGAUGAUGGCCGAGCAUUUCUGGAACAGUCCAAUUUCAGUUACAUCAUUCCCUCCGCUACCAAUUUCAAGGCAGACGUAACUUCACCACCAGACUUGCUAGAAGGCAUCGGCCAACGAGAUGUGCUGUUUUUCGAUGAAACCGCUGAUGUCUAUCUUGUACUCCGUACCCCUCGCCGAUAUGAGGAAACACUACGAUCUUCACUAUCCCGUAUAGUCGUCACGUUAGAAGCUCAGAUUGUGAACGGACAUGGAUCUGACCGGGAAGGCCCUCCGGCGUCUGAGAUUAUCUACACCGGACUCGUUCCAGACACGACCGAUGCCAUAAUCCUGAGUACGGGGGAGGAGGAAAAUGCAAAGGAGAAGGCCGAAGAGGAUGGAGACGGCAAAGCGAAUGACGGAAGGGAUUCAUACGUCUACGCCGUCUGGAAGAUGCCUGUCUUCGUAUCGCGACCAAGGAUGAGACUACAAGCACCCUCGAUCGUCUUUGCAGCAACUGCCGGCUUGAAGCUUCUCGACCCCAGGAAAUCUCGAGAUAUGGUCGACGACGGCUAUAUGCAAAGCUGCGCACCAGCAGGCCUCAACCUUCUCGAGUCCUUCGCCGACGACCCAAUGCUAGGCGGUAUCCAGCCCCGUCUGUCCGCUCUCCGAGUAUCCCGCGUAGCCCCCGUCACGCAGACAAAACAACCACUACGUCUAUUCAGGGGCAUGCAGAGCCUCAGACUUCGAGUCUUCCCCGUUGUCCACACGCGAGUACGUUUCGCGCGGCCCAACACCAGCCCACCGAGUCCAGCCCUGAUCGCCUUGCUCGAGGUGGACUUCACCCCCUUCUUCGACUGCGAAGCCGCCCUACAAAAGAUCGACUUAGCCGUAACCGACGGCACGGUCGACGACCUCAACAGCCAAGACCUCAUGGCCCUCCCCUUACACUGCGUCGCCCACGACCACCUCACCUUCCUUUACCGGCUCGCCCCGCGCCAGCUCGACAUCAUCAGCAAGCACCCCUCCCGCGAACUGGUCAUAACAGUCGAGGUGGCCGUCCUCGUUCAGCCCGAGGGUGGCGACCCUUGCACCCCGAAACUGACCAUGUCCUGGACCACACCUUUGGACUUCACCUUACCCGUCAACCCAGGCUUUGGCACGCCCAUGACGAAGCCGAUCGAGCGCCGACACAAGCCCAGCCAGCUGUCUAUCUCAGGCGGCGUCGACUCGAUGCCGCUCGUCUCGCCCUCCGUCACCCGCCCGGACGCGCUCCCCUCGCUCGAGGCCUCCAUCACCACGCAGCGCAACUUCGAGACACCCAUCCCGGACUUUGGGAUAACCGUGACCUUCGUCGGGCCCGACCGGCCCGUGUACGCCGGCGAGGAAUUUGCCUGGACCGUGUUCGUCGUCAACAGGACUAAACCAGAGAGUGCCGCCUCCGCUGCUUCUUCGACAACAACAAUGACCAACGGCACCAACGGCGGACCCAACCGUGACACCAUCAUCACAACCCGCAGCAACAGCAUCAGCAUCGCCGCCGCUGCCUCCGGGAUUCCUGCCGCCAUCCUCACCACCCCCUCCAACACCAAUAACGCCACCUCCGGAACCUCCCCCGCCUCCUCCUCCCAGCGCAGGCUGGCGCUCUACGCCCUCCCCAAACGCCGGCGCAACGAGGUCCGCACGCACCGCGCCCUUUCCACCGCGGCGCCCUCCAACAAGCGCGACCCACUGAUCGCCGACGCUGUGCUGGACGAUAACGUGGUGCACGCGAUGCAGCGCAGCAGCGUGGUGGACAGCACCGAGGUUGUCUGCCUUUCCGCGGACGCGCGCGUGGGGCCGCUGGUCCCCAACGCGUGUGCGGUGGUCGAGUUGAGGUUUUUGGCGCUUAGGGAGGGCGUGCUGGGGAUCGAGGCGGUGAGGAUUGUGGACUUGGGAAGUCAGGAGCAUGUGGAUGUGAGGGAGUUGCCUGUUAUUGUUGUUAGGGCUGGGAGGAAGGAUGGGGAUGAGAAGAAAAAAGGGGGGGAGGAGGGAGAGGCGGAGGGGGAGGGGGAGGUGUUUGAGGAAGUGUCUGUCGAGUAA